GUAUCUAGAAAGUUACCGUGAGACGUAGGUGUAUUGCGUGAGGAUAACCGUUCACAGCUUGUUUUCAUGCAUCACAAUGCAAGGCGGUGAGGCGCAGCAUUUAAUUAAUCGCUGACCGAAAGAUAAAGGGCUCCUUACUUUUACUACCUCUCUGCCACUAGAGACAUGAAGAUCAACGUUUCUACUCUAUGUCGGCAACGAAAGACUCAGCACAUUCUGCAAAUCUUAGUAUUUUUGUUUACCGUUGUGGCUAUACUGGGAGGUAUGAGGAGUAAUCCUGUAUACGUAACGGUCUUCGGAAUCUUGGCAGCCCUUGUCGCAUUUUUGGCGGUCUUAUUGGGCCAAGUCAAGCACAAGAAGGAGGUCAUAAACAAGUGGGACUUUUCAGUGACAUGCAGGGCUCAGGGUCGAUCUAGCUCACGUUCACUUUCCAAGGCGACUUCGUUCUCGCUUGUCACGCGAAGCCCGACAAACGCCCGAGGAAGAGUAGGAAAGAGUAGGAAAGAGGGGGCAAAGCUUCGAGAUGGGAGUUUCUCGGCAGGCCAAAACAGUGAUAGAUCACGAAGAAUUUUCGUCCUGGAGUGGGGUACAGAGGGCUGUGGCAAAGCAAAAAGUGAAGACUACGAAAAAGAACGCAAGGAUGGAAUAUUGGAUGAAGAGGAAAAGGAAUAG